AUGGCGUGCGUUCCUCUUCAAGCUGGCAACACCUACGUGGUCUACACAUCUAUUGCUGACAUCCGCAUCUACCUCAUUGGGGACGACGAGUACGAUGAGCUGGCAUUGUCGGAGAUCCUCACUAUGAUUCUCGAUCUGCUCCGGGCGGCGUGCAAGCGCACGCCGACCCAGGCGGCGCUGCUGGACCGGUAUGGCAAGGUUUGUCUGUGUCUGGACGAGGUGAUCGCGCAGGGCCGGGUGGAGCACAUGGAGGUGGACCGCAUCCUGCGCCUCUCCCGUUUAAAGCCCUUGGAUGCUUCGUGA